CAUUAGCAAAACUCUCCCUCCUUCUCAAAAAGCUUCCACCUUUUAGGUCCCUCCAGGUUUAUCCAUUUAUCUCCAAAUGGAAACUCUCUCAUUUCCAAGCUUACUUCAACUCCCAUGUUCUCCCAAAAAUCCAAGAUAUGUAGAUAAAGAGCCACCCAAGAACCCUGUGGCUGCUAAGAAUUUGCAUGAAAGAUUUCCCAAAAGAUUGCCAAGGAGGCUGCUUUUGCAGUUUAUGGGGUUCUUCCCAAUCCUAUCACAUCCUGUUUUGGCUGCACCAAUGCCGGAGAUGAAGGAACCUGAAGUGAUCCGGACCUUAAAGCUUCCCAGUGGUGUGAGGAUCCAAGAGAUUGUUGAAGGGCAAGGACCUGCAGCCACCAAAGGAGAUUUGGUUGAAAUUAACUAUGUAUGCCGUCGCACAAAUGGCUAUUUUGUUCAUAGCACUGUUGAUCAAUUCAAUGGAGAAAGCACACCUGUGAUACUUCCUUUGGACGAAAAUCAGAUUAUAAAAGGCUUGGAGGAGGUUCUGCUUGGCAUGAGAAUCGGAGGAAAGAGGAGAGCAUUGAUACCUCCUUCUGUGGGAUACACAAAUGAAAGCUUACAACCAAUUCCUGAAGAGUUUGGCCCUCGACGCAGCCUCUUGUCUCAUAUAAAUGAGCCUCUGAUAUUCGAGGUGAACAAAAUUGAUUGUGCACCUUCAAGAGCUGCAAUAGAAUUCCAUGCCUAGUGAUUAGCACCAAUAGUCCAACUUCUAGCUAGUAGAAAACUGGAAUGGAUUCCUCCAUCUUCGAAUUUAGACAUUUGGUUCAUGACGGGGAGCCUCUGCCAUUGUGAUUUGGUGCUCUGAGGUUUUGCUUCCAAUUAAUUCCUGUUGAUUCCUGUCAAUUAACCGAAAAAUGCUUAUAACUUAACAACCGACCAUGGAUGGAUGCCGGUCUGAACUAUUGUUGUUAGUAUUCACCAUUCUGCUACGGAUUACAGCAAAGAUGGUGCCAAAGCACUGGUGUUGACCAACCUUGACCGAAGGUUGUAACAUCAGCAGAAUCCAAAACAUGCAGGAGUUGAUAUCUCUGUACAUCUUGCAAGCUCUACAUUACCUUGACAGGACUUAGAUUUCAUUUGCUCACACUUGCAAUGCCCUAUGAAACUCUUAAGAUAUGUGAUGUGCUAUUCCAUGAGUGUAGCUGUUGGUAAUUUGAGCUCCAAAUUUUGAAAACCUGGUAUGUGGAAUGGAAUCAUAUUCCCUUUUCAUAGAAUUGCAUAGUUUGUCCCAGCAACAAGGGACCUUGGACUUAUGUGAUUAAGUCAGUUUAAUCUUGAGUAACGUUAAUCCUGGGUUUCCUUUUCCUAAAGAUUGUUGAGGGACAAGGACCAGCAGCCACCGAAGGAGAUUUGGUUGAAAUGAACUACGUAUGCAGGCGCACAAAUGGCUAUUUUGUUCAUAGUUAGAUAUCUAAAUUCUGUAGAUUGU